AUGACAACUAAAGGAUUGCCGGGAAUCUCGAGUGAAAGACCACAAACCACUGCUUCCAUACAAGAAAUUAAAGAGAUAUCGACGACAAUAGCUCAAGAUAUGACAACAAAUAAAUCGGUGCCACAAGAGCCACGUUUGCCGACAACCACUAUAUCUCCUAAAAUCUCAAGCGAUGAGAUCACCACUGAAUCAGUCAUCACUUCUACUCUUAAAUCUAUAUUAUCGACCCAACCAUCGACUCAAACAAAGGGAAUACCAGUUAUUAGCGAAACGGCAACACCUGUUGAUUCAGUUGAAUUGACAACUUUGUCGAGCAUUAUAUCGACAAUUGCUUCGUUAAUCACUGGUUCACCGAAAGAAGAAACUGAUUCAACGGCCACCAGAUCUACCAGAAAGAUGGAGACAACACCAGAUAUACUAUACUCGACCACAACUGAGCCCAAGAUUUCAGAUAUUUCUAUAGAAGACACGACGACUCGUAAAUCAGUUUCAAGUGAAACACCAGAAGUGAUAACAGUUUCACAAACGGUGACCACAAAGAAGAGUGAAGUCGUGACUGAUAUUCCUUUGAUUACAACACAAACAAGCGAUGAAACAUUCGCUACAAAGGCCGAAGAAAUUAUUACAAGUACUCCUCAAACAAGCAGUGAAUCCCCAAAAUUGUCGUCAACUAAAGGAUUACCGGAAACAACAACUCAAUCGCAAACAAUUAUUCCUGAAAUCAAGAAAGAGUCGACGAAAACUACAACUGAAAGUGAAAUACUAGAGACAACAACUGGAAUUCCCAAGAUUUCUAGUGAAAGGCCACAAACCACUGCUUCCACACAAGAAAUUAAAGAGACAUCGACGACAAUAGCUCAAGAUAUGACAACAAGUCCUUCUCAAAUAAGUAGUGAAUCCACAAAAUUGUCUUCAACUGAAGGUUUACCGGAGACUACAACACAAUCGCAGACAAUUAUUCCUGAAAUCAAGAAAGAGUCGGACAAAACUACUGAAGUGCCCAAGAUUUCUAGUGAAAGGCCACAAACAACUGCAUCCAUAGAGGAAAUUAAAGAUCCAUCGACCACAAGAAUUCAAGAUAUUGGUGAUAUCACCACAAGUUUACCGGAGACUACAACACAAUCGCAGACAAUUGUUCCUGAAAUCAAGAAAGAGUCGCUGAAAACGACAACUGAAAGUGAAUUAUUGGACACAACUACUGGAGUGCCCAAGAUUUCUAGUGAAAGGCCGCAAACAACUGCAUCCGUAGGAGAAAUGAAAGAUCCAUCGACCACAAGAAUUCAAGAUAUUGGUGAUAUCACCACAAGUAUUCCUCUUACAAGUCCUGAUACAAUAAGGAUAUCCUCGACUGAGAGUAUAACAGAAACCACUACUGAUAGGAAACAAGUGUCAGAAAAGACAGAGAUUGAAGUGAAGACAACCACUGAAACAAGUCAAACAGUCAUAGACUCCACGACCCAAUCGAUGGUCACAACAACACAGUCAUCGAUAAGUACAACAGAAUCCAUGAAACAAACGGCAAGUCCUCGAGAGUCAGCGGUUGUCACGAAUAAAACCACUCAAUCGACCACUCCUUCCACUGUAUCGACAACUCCUACAUAUUCAGAGCUCGACGAAGGAGCGUGUGUAUACGACAGCAAAGUAUAUCAGUCGGCCGAACAGAUCCCACGCCCACAUCCCUGUGACUUCUGCUUCUGUUUCCGCGGGGAUAUCAUAUGCCUUCAGCAGACGUGUCCGCCACCGAUCGCCCGGUGCUAUGAGACACAGAUUGAGGGAUUCUGUUGUCCUCGAUAUGAAUGCCCGGUUCAGGUGACCACUCAGAAUGUGACGGUCACUACACCCGCAACACUGCCCACACAGCAAGUAGAGAGAAAAGGAUGUCAAAUAAACGGACUCUUCUAUGCGGUGGGAGAAGUGAUCCGACCGGCGAGUGGGCCCUGUCUUGAGUGUAAGUGCGACCACAGCGGAGUCAUGCAAUGCAACCCUCAA